UACUGUAGGACGUUGUUUUUGUCUUGUUUACGACAGUUAUGUUGUAUUGCGUUGGAAGGGGAAUAACCCGGAGAAAAAACGGCACAUUCCCGAAACAAAGCUGUUUUUUAUCUGUAGGGCCUAUUGACUCGUGAUUACAGUCCAUAGUGUACUUUGUCCUACUAUAUACAAGCGAGUUUCUCGUCAUAUCAAGCCAAAGGAGACUAAAACAGAGACCAAAGUGAACUACAAACUACGAAUGUUUAUUCAACACUAUGGACCACACGGUCUCUAAAAUGAGUCACAGUUUACUUUUCACUCUCAUAUGUGCAGCUGUUCAGCUCUCUUUUUCCAGCUUGAACACAACGUUCUUGGUGGAUCGAGACAACAGCACCUUUGAAAUAGUGCUCCAGCCACCCCGGGAGUGCCCGGAGAAGUACUAUCUACACAAGGCAAGGCAAGGGGAGUUCGUUCUGAAUGACGGUCGAGAUGUCGCAGAGGAAACCGGCAAGUGUAUAAAAUGUACCCAGUGUUUAGACGGGAUUGAGGUCAUCAGACCCUGCACAUAUUAUCGUGACGUGGUUUGCGGGUCAAAGUGCGUACAGUCUGGCUUCCGUUUCGACGAAGGCACACGUUCCUGCCAGCAUGAGAAAGUCCUGGACGAAGGGUACACCCAUGAGGAAUUACGCAAAUAUUUGGCAGAGCAGGAGUUGAGCCAACAAUUGGUGUCAGAAGUGGGAUCAACGUCCAAAUCCACACGUCAUAUUGAAACCCAAACCACUGGCGUUACUGAACAUCGACAUCAAGGCUUACUGGUGACGGUUCUUGGAAAAUCACAAACAUCCACACCACCAGCGCAGACACCAGAUAAAAUCGGUCUUCUGUUUGACGAGAUCGACAGUACCGCAGUAGAGGUUUCAGACGAGGCGAUAACGGCCGAAGAAUACUUACCCCGAGCGGCUGCCGAUGACCACUCGGAGAGCCUGCAGAAACUACUCUUCAUGGUCGUGUUGAUCCUUCUGGUUUUUACUGUAGCGCUCUACUCGUUCGCUGCUUUCAGGAAGUGCCGUCCGGGUUUCCUCUCCAGGAUUUUGGAGAGGCGAAGACAAAUGCCAAUCCCUUUGACGAUUAGAAUGUCAGGCGGGAGAGUUCCGACGGCCGUGACGGUUCUACCCCGCCUACGGACCCCAACCCCUCGGGAGGGCAACAGGGAUGAGGCACAACCACCGGGUGACGGUCACGACAAUGACAUUGGCGACACAAGCGACAGUGAGGAAGAAAGCAUGUGGAGAAGUGACAGUCUCAAUUGUUCAUGUUAUGUCUAUAGUGACGAUGAAACUUUCCAUGAAAAAACUAGCUUGUUGGGAGAUGGCAGUCGCAGUUCGUCAUGCUAUAUCCAUAGUGACUACGACACCAGUGACAAAGAGGAGACUAGCCUGUUGGGAAAUGGUAGUCUCAAAACGUCAUGGUAUGUCCGUAAUGACGAUGACACUAGUGACAAUGGGGAAAAUAUCAUGUCGGAAAGAGGCAGUCUUAAUUCUUUACUAAGUCGUGUCUUUAAUGACGAUGACAUUGGCGACAAUGAAGAAAAUGUCAAGUUGGAAGACGACAAUCCAACUUUGCCAUUAAGGCAUGUCUACAAUGACGAUGACAUUAGCGACAAUGGGGAAAAUGGGUUGUUGGGAGAUGACAUUAGAGGUGUAUGUAAUGAUGAUGACAUUGACGACAAAGAUGAAAAUCCAGUCUCGCCAUUAAGCACUGUCUGCGAUGGCGAUGACAAUGACAUUGGCGACAAUGGAGAAAAUAACCAAAGUGACGAUCAAGGCUCAUCAACUGAUGACAGCCUCCGAUCAAGUUAUUUUUGUCACGAGCUGAGUUGCGAAGAGGACACGAUCAUUGAUGAUAUUUUCAAGAUAGAGUCUUCGAGAAAUGAAGAUUGUCUUAAAGGUAAAAACUUGCUGAGUGAAGAUGUUGAAGUACAGCCUUGUUCUGAGGAAGAAACACCAUUUAAAGAUACAGUAGUCACAGAAGGUGACCCACAAGACGAUGUCUUCGUUACUGUCAGUAAAAAGAACAACUCAGUCAUCGAUUCUGGUUGUGAACAAGGUGAAAACCGGCCGAGUGAAAAAGUUGAAGUUCAGCCUUGUUCUGAGAAAGAAACACCAAUAGAUACGGUAACUCCAGAGGUGGUUCGAUACAGGGAUGUUUUCGUUAGUGUCAGUAAAGAGAAUAACAGUGCAGUCAACGCUCCUGGUUGUGGAAAAGGUGAAAACUGGCCGAGGGAAGAAGUUAAAGUACAGCCUUUUGCUAAACCGGAAACACCAUUAAUGGAUAUAGUUAUCCAAGAACGUGAACCACACGAUGAUGUUUUGGUUACUGUCCAUGAAGGGAACGCCAACGCAGUCAUCGCAGCCGAUUGUCAAAAGGGUGAUGAAAGACAGCCUUGUUCUGAGAAGGGAACAUUGAUACAUACAAUAUUCACAUACAUUCAUCUAAAACAUCAGUAUGUGGAACACCUUCCACACAAUGAUGGUUUCGUUACUGUCAGUAAAGAGAACAACAAAACAGCUGUCGAUUGUGGUUGUGAAAGAGGACAUGGAGAUAUUUCGUCACUAUGUUUACACAAAUAUUUAAGCUUAAAAGACAAAUCUACCGAAGCCAAUGGUGAGAGCACGUCCAAAUAUGACAAAGUAGUGUUAUGUGUGGAUGGCACUGUCAUCAUUAUCAACAAAAGGCAAUCUUGUGUGGACAGACGCGAACAGCUCUCAAGAAAACCCUUUCAAGACGGCAAAGGAGUCGAACACGAGUUUGUGAUGAGUUGGGUGGAAAAUUCUCUACACGAGGAUUACAUAAAAAGCUUCAUCAGUAAAAAGCUUAACAAAAGGCCAUUAUUAUUGAUGGGCAGACAUGGAAUCUUGAGUAACCUUGUUCAAACGGGAGGAGAUGUCAGACAGGAGUCUGACAGAGGGACGGCAACUUCUCCACAUACACAACAGGAAUACAGAAAAAGAAGCAGCAGUAAAAAGCUUAACAAAAGGCGAGUCUUGAUCCUUGUUCAAACGGCAGUAUAUGUCAAAGAUGUGUAUUAUUUCGAGGGAAAUUACCGAGAAAGAUGCAGCAGUGCAGCUGCAAAUUGGAUGGGUGAUAUUAUUAGACCUCCUCCAGUGUCACUGUUUAGAGAAUAUACCGAAGAUGGCGAGGUUUGUCAAGACUGUGGGUUUGAGAAAAGUAAACGUUAUUCAUCAGGUCUGAACGAAAGUUCAAGUGUAAGUUAUGAACACAAGACAGAGAUUAAGGUAGAAGACACAGAGAUACUAAGUGUGGAAAAUGUCUCUGGCAUCAAAUCACCACGUUCUUCAGUGAGAAUGGAGGCUGAUGAACACAAGACAGAGAUUAAGAUUAUAGAAGACACAAAGGUACCGAGUGUGGAAAAUGUCUCUGGCAUCAAAUCACCACAUUCUUCAGUGAGAAUGGAGGCUGGUGAACCAAAGACAAUGAUUAAGAUUAAAGAAGACACAAAGGUACCGAGUGUGGAAAAUGUCUCUGGCAUCAAAUCACCACAUUCUCCAGUGAGAAUGGAGGCUGGUGAACCCAAGACAGAGAUUAAGAUUACAGAAGACAAAAAGGUACCAAGUGUAGAAAAUGUCUCUAGCAUCAAAUCAUCACAUUCUCCAGUGAGAAUGGAGGCUGGUGAACCCAAGACAGAGAUUAAGAUUACAGAAGACACAAAGUUACCGAGUGUGGAAAAUGUUUCUAGCCUCAAAUCACCACAUUCUUCAGUGAGAGUGGAGGCUGGUGAACCCAAGACAGAGAUUAAGAUUAUAGAAGACAACAAGGUACCAAGAAGUGUGGAAAAUGUCUCUAGCCUCAAAUCACAACAUUCUUCAGUGAGAAGGGAGGUUGAUGAACAUAAGACAGAGAUUAUUAAGAUUAUAGAAGACUCAAAGGUACCGAGUGUGGAAAAUGUCUCUAGCAUCAAAUCACCACAUUCUCCAGUGAGAAUGGAGGCUGGUGAACCCAAGACAGAGAUUAAGAUUAUAGAAGACACAAAGGUACCGAAUGUGGAAAAUGUCUCUGGCACCAAAUCACCACAUUCUUUAGUGAGAAUGGAGGCUGAUGAACACAAGACAGAGAUUAAGAUUAUAGAAGACUCAAAGGUACCGAGUGUGGAAAAUGUCUCUGGCAUCAAAUCACCGCAUUCUUCAGUGAGAAUGGAGGCUGAUGAACACAAGACAGAGAUUAAGAUUAUAGAAGACACAAAGGCACCGAGUGUGGAAAAUGUCUCUGGCAUCAAAUCAUCACACUCUCCAGUGAGUUUGGAGGCUGGUGUUGACCAGGUGGGUGUGAAACGCCAUGAUUGCAAUGCUGAGAGAUUAUUAGUUACUACCGAGUGUGAGAUUUCAGACGAGUUAGGGACUCGUCCUUGCACCGAGGCAAGAAGGAGGUCUAAGUCAUACACAGAGUUGACUCUGGCAAACGAAACAAGGCUUAGAUCUCGCUCAAUGUCUAGUAACCUUAACCCCAGUGCAAGAAAGACUACGAGUGAUGAAAUGCAUGGAGUCAAACAAUCGCUGUCAAUGGAAGAUGCCCAUUACUGCAGAGACCACUCUAAAGACAGAAUCCACUUGCUUGAUUCGGAAGUCCAGGAAGAAACGAAGAGAGAUGUCGAGAAAGCAUCAAUAUCAGAAAACCUUGCUACAAUGGACAGGCAUCCGACAAGUGAUGUUAGAUAUCAGCAAGAUGAACAUCAAAGAAAUCGGUUUCGUCUACUGAAAGGUAGACCCUACUCCUGGAAUGACCUCCAUCGCUGUAAUUCUGAAGAGACCAAGAAAGUGACGACGACAAUCGAUGACACCCAGAAUCACCCUUUUGUCGAGACACGAAGGAGGUCCAGGUCAUAUACAGAGAUGACUGUGACAAAUGAAACGAUGCGAACAACGCCACAUUUUGACAAGAUGUCACCAUCUGUCUUGAAUAGAAGGUCUCAUCAUUCGGCACCAAUGCGACAAUUUGAAAAACUGUCCUCACACGUUAUGAACAGACGGUCACUUUCAGUGCUAACAGAACCACACAGUGUAGAUAUGUCAUCACGUGUCGAUGUUGUGACCAGGUCUUUUUCGGCGCCAACAAUGCAACAUUUUGAAAAAGUGUCGUCACCUGUCAUGAUGAACAAGAGGUGUCAUUCAGCGCCAACAACGCUACACAUUGACAUGUCAUCGCCUGUCGUGAACAGCAGGCCUCAUUCGGUGCCACCAAUGCCACACUUUGUAAAAAUGUCGUCAACUAACAUAAACAUAAAGCCUCUUUCGGUUUCAACUACGCCAGAUUUUGAAAAUAUGUCACAACUUGUCAUGAAUAGCAAACCUCUUUCGGCGCCAACAAUGCCAUAUUUUGAAAAAAUGUCACAACUUGCCAUGAACAGCAUGACUCUUUCGGCGCCAAAAGUGCAACAUUGUAAACAAAAAUCAUCACCCAUCACUAACAGCAAAAAUAGUACAUCUGGAAGAAUGAGGUUGACGAUAAACCCCCUGUCAACAGCUCCUGCCGACUUUCACCAAGUUGAUCGUAAUGUGAAUCAUAAGCUAGACCAACUGGACUAAAAUAUGACUCUUUUUUCGUUUCAUUUGGUGAUGGUCGGAGGUGGGGUGUGUACAAGUAGGGUGUAGCCUCCUCUGAUGAAAAAUACUUUUUGUGUGUUGUGUAUUGCACAUAAAAGAACCAAGUGACCAUAGAGAAGGAGUUUGCCCCGUUGUUCCUGAUGGGCCCAAUUUCAUGGCUCUGCUUACCGUAUGCACAGAAUCGGCGCUUACGGAAGCAGGGAAUUAUGUGCUUA